CUCUUCCACUGCCAUCCGAGCUUCGACACGCGACACUCGCCACCGGUGCUCCUUGACAUGGUCACGACGAUACGAUGCAGCUGCUAUAUGCGAGGCAGGUGAGCUGUAGAGGGACAGCUGGCUUGUCCCUCUGCGCUGCGCAACGACCCGCAACCCUCUCUCGCCAUGCCCCGAGGAGCUUCCAACGGACCCAACCGACAUCGGCCUCACUUGCCCGGCGAUGGUACGCCGUCAACCUCAGGGCUUUGGACGGCAAGUGGCGGCAGGCAUGGCAAACCUCCGAUGAUGCGCCUCGAGGCAGCAAGGCCGACGGAGCAAAGGACAAGUUUGUCCUCCCCAUGUUCCCGUACCCGUCCGGCACCCUGCACCUCGGUCACCUGCGAGUCUACACCAUUGCCGAUGUGGUCGCCCGAUACCACAGGCUGAAGGGAGAGAAUGUGCUCUUACCCAUGGGUUGGGAUGCAUUCGGCCUGCCUGCUGAGAACGCUGCCCUCGAGCGCGGCAUACCCCCAGACGAAUGGACCACGACCAACGUUGCCAAGAUGAAGGCGCAGAUGGCCCUGAUGAAUGGAAGCUGGAACUGGGAUCGCGAGCUCACGACCUGCGAUCCGAGCUUCUACAAGCACACCCAAAAGCUGUUUCUGAUGUUGCACGAGCGCGGGCUUGCCUAUCAGGAGGAAGCCGAAGUCAACUACGAUCCGGUCGACAAGACGGUUCUUGCAAACGAGCAGGUCGAUGCCAACGGCUACUCGUGGCGGUCCGGCGCCAAGGUCGAGAAGAAGAAGCUCAAGCAGUGGUUCUUCCGUAUCUCCGAGUUUCGCGAAGCCCUCCUCAAUGACCUCGAGCAGCUGGCCAAGGACAAUGCAUGGCCCGAGCGCGUCCUCUCGCAGCAAAAGAAUUGGCUCGGCAAGUCUGCCGGCGCCGCCAUCAAGUUCCCCAUCAUGACCUUUGGCACAGACGUGGGCGCCGCAAUCGAGGUGUUCACCACGCGACCAGACACUCUCUUCGGAGUCCAGUACAUUGCCCUCUCCGCUUCGCACCCGGUCGUCCAGCAGCUGGCGACAACCGACCCUGAGCUCCAAGCGUUCCUCGAUACCCUUCCGGGGCUGCCUUCGGACUCCAAAGUCGGUUACAUGCUGCCCCAACUCCGGGCCAUCAAUCCCCUCGCCUACCACGACGAGACCCCGGAUGCGACCAAAGCCUCGAUUCCCAUAUACGUUGCGCCGUAUGUCUUGGGUGACUACGGUGAAGGCGCUGUCAUGGGCGUACCCGGACACGACGUGCGGGACCAUUCAUUCUGGAAAACACACCACGCCGAAGAACCCGUCCGCUUCGUUCUGGCCGCGUCCGAGGACGAGUCGACAACGGCUAUGGACAAGGGACCCUUUAUAGAGCACGGCUUCAUGACCCAGCAUAGUGGCCUGUUCAAGGGCAAGCCGUCUGCACAGGCUGGAGAGAUGAUUAUCGGCAUUCUCGAAGGCUCGGAACUAGCCAAGCGUGUCGAGAAGUGGCGCCUCAGGGACUGGCUCAUCAGCCGCCAGAGGUAUUGGGGCGCGCCCAUUCCCAUUAUCCACUGCGACUCUUGCGGCGCCGUGCCGGUGCCGGACGAGGAGCUGCCCGUCAAGCUACCUGAGGUGGGCGAGCAUUGGGCCGACGGGAAGACGGGCAAUGCUUUGGAGUCGUCGCCCGAUUUUGUCAACACGACGUGCCCCAGCUGCAAGGGUUCUGCUCGCAGGGACACCGAUACCAUGGACACAUUUGUCGAUUCGAGCUGGUACUAUGCCCGGUUCGCUGACCCUCACAACGCCGAACAACUGUUCUCACCAGACGCCGGAAAACAUCUCCCGGUCGACAUCUACAUUGGCGGCAUCGAGCACGCGAUUCUCCACCUCCUGUACGCUCGCUUCAUCUACAAGUUCCUUGCCUCGACGCCACUGCUGCCACAGUACGCAGAUGACGCGAGCUGGUCGGCCGAGCCCUUCAAGCGACUCAUCACACAGGGCAUGGUGCAUGGGAAAACGUACAUUAGCCCGGAGAACGGCAAAUUCUUAAAGCCCGAUGAGGUCGAUCUCUCCGACGCCUCGGCCCCCAAAGUUGCUGCCACCGGGGCGUCGGCCACGGUUGCAUACGAAAAGAUGUCCAAGUCCAAACAUAAUGGCGUGGACCCGACCGAUUUCAUCUCGCGAUAUGGUGCCGAUGCCACGCGAGCUCAUAUGCUCUUCCAGGCGCCUGUGGGAGACGUGCUAAACUGGGAUGAGUCCAAGAUUACCGGGGUAACUCGUUGGCUACAGCGACUACACGACCAAGUUGCCGCGGUCGCCAGACUUUCCAAGAAGUCUGUCUCGGCAAAGAACUAUCUGGAGGCCAAGUUUGCAAGCAUCGACUCCAUGGAUUCCAAGGCACUGAGGCAAUGGGACGCCGAGACGACGUUGUGGCGGCAGGUGCAGCAGACCAUUGAGUCUGUGCGACGCUCCUACGACGACAUAUACUCCCUGAACACGAUCAUCUCGGACCUCAUGAGCCUCACGAACGCGCUAAGCAGCAGCAGCGCCGCCGGGGCCGUCAUAAGGCGCGAGGCCGCCAGCGUUCUGGUCCGGCUUGCCGCGCCAGCCACGCCCGCGUUCGCGGAGGAGUGCUGGAGCAUGCUGCACCCCACGUCCGCGGGCUCCAUGUUCAAGACUGCGUCGUUCCCCGUCCAGGACGGCACGCUGGAGACGGCGAUGCUGCGGGCUAGGCAGCAGGAGUGCGCGGUGCAGAUCAACGGCAAGAUGCGCGGCGUCGUGGAGAUUUCGCCUCCGCCUCCGGGGAUGGAGGGGGACGCGCUGUGGGACUGGAUGGUGGGCGCGAUCCUCGACACGGAGCUGGGCAGGGAGAGGUUCGGCGGGGGCAAGUACGACUUGGGGAAGGCAAAGCGGGCGAUUCCCGUCAGGGGUGGAAAGGUGAUUAACUUUGUCAUGUAGAGAUAGAGAGAAGGGGGGAGGGGAGAUGGGCAUGAUGCACGUUAGAUAUCACGACUCUCGCGGUCGUGGCUGUACAAGUAGAGGAGGAACAGUUGUAUAAUGCUCUUGUAUAAAUAGACCAUGUAUAGUAGCUGGUAAUGGAUGUUGCGCAGGAGGAACGGGGACAAGGCAGUUUGAGACGUCAGGCAUCAUGUCGGUCGUGCACAACGUCAUUUGGCAUUACUUAGGGCCACGAGGUAUUAUAUAUAAUACGUAGGCUCUACGAGGGGA